AUGAUACUUCAAUGUUCUCUGAUUUCUUGGAAUGGUUUCAUUUUACAGGAAGUUUCUAAUUUUGAGAAUGGAAAACUGAGAAAGAAAAAGUCAUCCUGGAGAUUUACAUCUGAAAAUAAAAUAUUUGAAGGAAAACCUGUGAAUGACACAUUCUGGCAAGAAUUCAGCAAGGCCGAGAACCAUUCCCACGCCCGAACACUUUGUCAGCUAAAAGAUCUAAAUGAAGAUGAUUUUCUUUUGAAUACUAAAAUGCAUAUGCUUCAAGAAGAGAAAAUUCAAGAACCUUCUUAUCAGGGCUUCCACAUUCCGGCUGACUUGCCUCUGAUAGUGGAGAACAGGAGCAGCGUUGGUUCUGCCCACAGAAAUGCGGAAAGAUGGCUAUGAAGUUGCAGAUUCUUCCUGCAAUCGAAAAUAGAACCCAAGUGGCCUCUAAAGAACACCUGUCCUUUUACAUUGUCAGGA